CAGGCUGGAGAAAGCGAAGCAAAACACCUGUGCUCUCCUAAACUUAGAAAAAUUUGCAUUAUAGUGUCUGUGCUGUUCGGUGUUCUUGCUGCAUACAUACUGAUUUAUUAUAGUCUGUUUAAAGGAGCCAGAUUUAAGAUCAACGUGACGUUAAAAGGGAAAACAACAAUUGUCACAGGGAGUAAUAUAGGCAUUAGCAAAGCCACAGCCUUGGAUCUAGCCAAGAGAGGGGCCCGAGUGAUCCUCGCCUGCAGAAACAAACAGAAAGCUGAAGCUGCGGUUUAUGACAUAAGAAAGGAAAGCGGGAACCCUGAGGUUCUCUACAUGCAUCUGGACCUGGCCAGUUUGAAGUCCGUACGUGAUUUUGCAGAGAUUUUUCUGAAGAGUGAACCGAGACUCAGCUUUCUAAUUAACAGUUCAGGUCUUAUAGCAUCAGGCAGAACUGAAGAUGGUUUUGGCAUGGCAUUUGGUGUCAACCACCUGGGCCACUUUUUGCUGACGCUGUUGCUGUUGGAUCGUCUAAAGCAGGCAGAGCACAGCCGCGUCGUCAACGUGUCCACCCUGCUGCAUCGGCUGGGGUUGGAGCUAAAAUCAGCAGGUUGUUGGUCCUCUGAUACCAGCAAGCCCAGCACAGGCUGAACGUCUGGUGCAUUCGGCAAAUGUUUACAGCGCUUUCUUCUUUCUGCAUGCCAUCAAUUUGAAAGAAAAGACUGAGAGGAAGAACUCAAGCAGACUGAUUCUGUGAGCGGCACAGUGGUGUGACUUAAGCUUUGCUCCUCAUCGCUGUCAUGAUGCAGUCUGUGCAAAAGAGAUCAAUAAAGGGUACACUUACGGAAACUACCUAUUUUGAGAGUUUGUUUGAUGCAUGUGUUGUAGUUCCAAGCUUUGUAAAAUGGCCCAAAUUGUCAUGUCACAAAAUUGGAUCAUUACCACCAAAAUAUCCUAUAACUUUUGUUGUUGAUGACCAAUGGUUUUUGAGUACUGGGACAAAAUAAGGUAGGAACAAAAUGGGCUGAAAAUAAAUGUAAAAAAAUUAUGUAUAAAGGAAUUAUUGUUCUCACCUAUGUUUGGGUGCAAUGUUGAUUUUCUUUGCCUGUUACCCAUCAUGAUUACAUGCAAAAAUAAUGUUAUAAAUUUAGACAAAUUGCAUUCACUUAAAUAAAUGAAUUUAAACUGCAUGUUGGAAUCAAAUGAUUUUUAGUUCCAUCUAUUGAAUCUUCAUCGCAAUCUAGUAUAGGCCUACAUAUUUCUAUAUGCUAUAUAUACUUAUAUUUUUAUAAUACAUAUUUAUAAAAGCUGUUGAGUUUAGGUCUAAGGACAGGUGGUUUUUAGGGGUAGCGAAUGUCAAUAUUGUUAAAAAAUUUUUUAUUUUUAUUACAGCCUGGUGUCAUCUCAAAAUCAUUUUACAGUAGAG